UUAUUUUCUAAUUAAUAGUUAAUUUUGUUAUUUAGUCCCAACUGUAGACUACAAAUCAUUCAAACAUAAAAUCUUGAUUUUUGAAAUAGUGAAAAAUGAUAAGUACCAGACCGAAAUCCCCGACAAGGGCUGAGGCUAUAGCCAUAGCUCUACGGCCACAACCAGUCUUCAGUAAUGGAGUUCUUUUAGGCAACUGGGUAGAAGACAGAAUAGAAUGUCCCAAGCAAGGAACCUUAUAUUUCCCACCUCAAGAAGAAAUCGACUAUGAGAAGUUGAAGCCAGAGUCCCGACAGCCCGAGUUCAGAAUAAAUAAACUUUACGGUUUGAGGGGCAACGUGGAGACAAUCUACCGUCACGACAGUCACGACGGCUGCGGCAACUUCAUGACGACCAACGACCUGGUAUACAACCACCAACCGAAGCCGCUGUGCGGGCCCGUGCAGCGCUACUACAAGCGGUGCAAGCACCAGUGGUACCCGCAGCCGGACAAUAUGAAGUGUUUUGGUAACAAGACCGAGUGGGGUCUGAAAAGGUACAAGGAACACGAGUGGGCAUGCACCGAUGUAUCCGAUUACGCAUCUUCACUAUAUGAUGACACCUAUAUACCACCGAGACCCCACCAAUACUUGCAGAGGUGCGAACGGAAAGCCAGGAAUUCGAACUUUACAAAAGGUUUCCGAUAUUUAAUGACAAAACCAUUGGCUAAACCAAAACAAAAAAAACAAUGAUAACAUCAAGAAUCAUUUCUUUCUCAUCUUAGAAAAUUACUAGUCUUAAAAUAUCACAUUUUGU